UGGAUGAUGGGAUCAAAUCUAAAAGGAUUUGUUUAAUCUAAUCAUUAGAAUCCUCAUUUCAUUAAACGCCGUCUGUUUGAUAAUUUGGAAACGUUACAUGAAAGCUGUUAAAGAGUAUAUUAUAAAUCCAUGCAACCAAGUAGGCAGGUGCAACCGUGCAAGUUCAGAGAUUUCGGCAUGUUUUUGGGGAGGCUAAUUUUGUAGCAGAUGCUCUAGCUAAUCUUGGUAAUAAGUUUGCAAAUUCCGUCUGAUGUUGCUAGGAAAGUUACAUUUGAUGCUUGUGGUAUUGGUUUCUCGUCGUAGUUUUCUUUUGUUUGUUUUGGUCUUCACAAAAGAGGAGGUCCAUAUUAAUUCCUUAUUACUACAGAAAGCUGAGGAACCCUAUUGAUAUGUCUUGGAAAUUGAAUGCUUAAGAAGGAGUUUGUUGGGAUCUAAUCUGCACCAAAAAAUGCACAUCAUGCAUGUUAUAAAAGAAAAGAAAUUGUUUACCCCAAAAAAGAAAGAAGAUAAAUUGGAAAGACCCCAAUUUUGUGGUAAAUAGUUGGUUGACAAUAAUGAAAGUCGCAAUUGCAUGCAUAAUUAAUGGUUGAUUGUUCUGGAAACUAUAAAAACGUCGAGAGGAGCCACUGAUAGUCAAGUCGGAGAGAUUCUCACUGAUAGUUUUUACCCAAAAAAGGAAAAAAAAAAAAUGUAAUCAUAAGUUUGUGGGACAAAGAAAGGACAGGGGAUCAGAACUUGCGCUCCAUUUCAAUGAGUUUGUACGCAAACUAAAACCCAAUAUUAAAUCAGCCGUUUCAGUUUCGGUAUCGCCAGUGAUCUCUCUUUAAUCAAUUCCCCAAAACGUAAUCUUUCACAUUAUUUUUCACUUUGAAUUUUUUCCCACUACAACUCUGUCUCCCUCUCUCCCUCCCUCUCCAAGAAGACAAGAACCCAGUAAUAUUUGACUUGUAGUUGAAGAAGCUCCCCAUCAAUACCAUGUCCUCCAGUGGAGAUGUUCAAGAACUUGGCUUUCCAGAUGACAGAGAGAAGCUUGAUGGGUUUAGGCUGUUCAACUCUGGGAGCUCACAGGACGCCAAGAAUGCAGCAAAUUAUACCAAUUUUAAUGUCCGCAACAGUUUGGCUUGGGACAGUGCCUUCUUCACAAAUCCAGGUCGUCUUUAUGAGAUGCAACAUAUUUAUAUUUGUAAAUUAUAUUAUAGGGUCUUUCGUUCUUGCUAUUUUUUCUCUGCAUAAAUUUUACAUUCUGCGCAUUUUUUCAGGAGUUUUGGACCCUGAGGAGCUGCUUCAGACUCUGAAUUCUCGAAAUACCGGCAAUGCAUUUAACUUUCUUGGACAAGAGGAAGAGAUACUAUUGCCUUCUGAGUCUCUGGAACCUGAAAGAACAAGAAAACCCAACAACUACAAUUUUCGCAAAAGUUUGGCUUGGGAUAAUGCCUUUUUCACCAGUGCAGGGGUUUUGGAUUCUAAGGAAUUGUCUAUAGUGAACAGAGGGUUCAGGAAAUGUAAAGCAAAUCAACUUCCUGGGAUUGAAGAAGUUUGGAGGUCUACCGAGUCAAUCUCUACAAUAAAUAGUGGCUGUUCCUCUUUGGCAAGCCUUGAGUUUGAACUUUUUGAAGAUAACAGAUCAUCUGUGCAAAAACCAACAUCAAGUGUCAAAUUGAAAAAAGGAGGAGGUAUGCAAAAUAUGUACACUUCAAAGAAACCUGAUGCUUCCUCUCGGAUGAGGAUGAAAUCCAUGCCGGCAUCCCAAAGGCAAAGUCUUAAUGUGCAUAGACCGCAGAGGAUCUUAAAGGAGGCUUCUGUUUCUUCACAAAAACAGGUUGCUGCUGGAAGUGAGAAAUUGAAUUCAGCUGCAUCUCGUAAACCACCGAAGAUAUCAAGUCGGGUUAAUGAAUCUUCAACAGCUGCAGCCAAAAGGGCUUGUUUGGGUGGAAAUUAUGCCAAAAUGGGAACUGCAAAAGCUGCACCUGGGCAAUCUAUGACUUUGUCAAAGAAGCCUUGCAUGGGGGUAUCCUGCAGUGUCAAUGAUAGUUUUACACCAUCCCCUAAAUCUCUUUCAUCACAUUCUCCCACUAUCACACAUGAGUCUGGGGUUUAUUUUCCCCCCUAUAAAGGCUUCUGGAAUGCUUCAGUAGACACUGCUGGUAAAUCUCCCUUCAAUUCAAGAAGACAAGUUGAUCCGUCACUUGUCAAUUCGGCUUCCAAAGGUUUUACCAUGGGAACUCCUCCCCGAUCCACGAAGACAAACAAGGAUGAACUGGAAAAUUCUUCUCACCCUUCUAGUUUAUUUUUCACUCCGAAGUCUUCCUCUCAUACAUCACCUGCUAGUUCCCUUGAUGGACGUUCUUCAGUAUCAUCAUCAACUUCUGUGAAUCAAAGAUCUAAGAAAUCUGAGGUCAGUCUAGAAACACUCUGCAGGCAGGUUUCUUUUGAGAGUGAUGUCUCUCAGGCAUCAGAUGUGGAGAGCCAUUCGCAUCAAAAACCCUGCACUGGAUAUGGAAAUCAGAAAACAAGGCUCCUAAAUCAACGUGAAGCAAAGAUGUCAGUGGGAAGUGGCUCUGUUUCUAGCAGUGUUUGUAAACAUAUCAAGCCCUCGUGUCUCCGAGUGCCAUCACCGAAGAUUGGGUUUUUUGAUGAGGAGACUUCUUUCGUGCGAUCAAGUGGCAGCAUGCCGUGCCAUUCUGGUGUACAAAGCAUAGUGUCUAGAAGUGCAACUGGCAAAAGUAACAACAAUGGAGCGGCAAGUCAAUAUGGCAAGCUUCAAACUCCUAGAACUUUAGAUGGGAGCCAUGGGACAAGGAAUACAAAGCUUGCAUCGCGUAAAACUGGAUCUCCAUGCCCUGCUUUUGGCAUCAGUCCUCGGCGUCCAGCACACAUUGGAGUUCAAAAUGCUUCCCUUAAUGAGCUUGACAUGAAGAGGGCCAUUAAGACUCAUGCUGCCAUGACUUCAGAAGUUGAGAAUGACUUGCCCCACAAAGUGAACACGAAAAAAUGCUUGAGAACUGAAGAUAAUAUUGGGAUGGUGGUCCUCAAGAAGGUGAACAGCCAAGAUACCAAAGAGAAUGAAGACCCCAACAUGCCCUGUCCUGGAAAUAACCUUUGCACCCUUCAAAAUGAUUACUUCAAAGACCAAAUUGAUGCUUUAACUAAACAUGUUGGUGCCAUUGAUCUUGGCUUGUAAUUUGGCUUUAACAAAAUUCAGAGAAUGCCAAUUCUCAUUGGGCUUGAAAUCCUUCUGUGAACAAAAUACCAGUUCUAAUAAUUUUG